GGAGGAGGUGUUUAUCCGAGGUUUCUCUGCAUAAAACAGCUCGAGUUAGUUUAGUUUGUUCGUUGUUGUUCUAGUAAACAAACACAGGUUGGAAAAAUAAACAGCUUGUUAUUGUUUUUGAAACCGUGAAGCGGUAAAAUGUUUUUUUUAAAGUUCCCUGUUUAAGCUGAAGUGAGAAGUUGAAGCAAAGAAACUUCCUCGACAUUUUUUUUAUUUUAUUUAUUUAUUUGGGUUUUUUUUUUUUUGCAAAUGGAUUCAGGAAAAUUUUUACACCGAAGGAAACCGGACAUUCCCGGGAUCCGACCGAGAGCUUCCGAUGAGAACCAGCAGGCCAGUGUUAAAAGUCUUGAACUCAGUAAGGUGAUUCGUCUUCUUGAAGAUCCUUUAACGGCUAACCUGAAGGAGAGGCACCUUUUUGUACUGAAGAAACUUCUGAAGAGAAACCAGAUUGGCUUUCUUUUAAAGGAGCUGACAGGCAUCGCCAGAAUACUCAACCUCUGUGCUGAGAAAGUGAAGGAUCACCCCGAGUAUGUUCCCGUUUUGUGCGAGGCCCUUCAAAUUUGUCGGCUUCCCUUCCUGAAGGAGAAAACCUCUGAUGAGCUGAAGUACGCUCAGGACGUCGUAGAGUUCCUCUCUCACCUGGGGUGUCUGAUGAGGGUGUCAGAUGCUGAAGUGAGACAGCAGAUAGUUGAGUCAGUGAAAUCAUUCUACAGCUGUGUGACCCCUAAACAGCUGCUCCAUGGGCUCCAGCCAACCUCUCCAGGCUACAGGCUGCAGCUCCUGGAGCAGAGUGACCUCGCUCAGACUCUGCUCCUCUCCAUGGCCGCUCUGGAGAACCAGCCCGCCAUCAAGCUGCAGCUCCUGCAGACACUUCAGAUCCUCUCCACCUCCUCUGAUAAGAACUGUGCGUUAAUACUAAAUGCACGAGGAGCAGAGACAAUCUGUCUCCACAUGAACGAGCCCGACCCGUCCGGUCAGGUCCUGUUCCGCUCCUGCGUUAUCCUCUGGAACCUGCUGGAGAGAGGCAGCAAGGAGGAGGUCAUUGCACAGCUCAGCACUAUGGAGUGUGUCAUAUCUCUUAAAGAAGCGUUUCUUCACCAGCUGACGAACGGCUUACGACACUCUGACCUCCCACUCACAACCGAUCUGCUCGUGAUCACAACUCUCAUCGCUGAAAAUCCCAACUCUCUGCUUAUUGAGAGUUUAUUUGCCAAACAGCUCGUUGUUCUCGUCACAUUUCCAGAGGUGAGAAGUCACAACCCUUUGGUGCGCAACCUCAAGCUCAGCUUCAAUAACGAAGACUUGAACACGAAGCGGUUGCUCCUGAAUCUGUUGGUUUUAAUGUCAAAGGACUUAGCAGCCCUGCGGCUUUAUAAAGAGGAAAGAGUCAUGCUGGCUCUGCUGACGCUUGCGAAGGCGCCUGCUGCCUCGUCUGAGAGCAGGUCAGGUUCACGUCGCUGGUCCUCUGUCCAGCAGGAGGAGCUCCAGCUGCAGGCGCUGGCCACCCUGGCCACCGUCGCUCCACUAAUGUUGGAUGACUACAUGUCCUGUCAGGGAAACACGUGUCUGCUGGUCCUGCUGGACUGGUGCGUCAAGCAAGAUUCUUACUUUGGUCAGGGCAACAGCUUCCAUGGCACAGGAGGAAGAGGCAGUAAGAAGGCUCAGAUGCGGUAUUGUAUCAGAGCACUGAGAUCUAUGACAUCUUCAGGUGAAGACUCAGUCAACCAGGACCUUUGUGAUCAAGGAACCAUCGGCCAGCUCUUGGGCAUUUUGAUGCAGAUGGAAGCAAGUCCUGAUGAGGAGGAUGUCGUCAUCCUGGAGAUAAAGUCAGAUAUUCAGCUGAUCCUUUCACUGCUGUGUGAGAGCGACAUGCACAGAAAGGAACUGUUUGGAUCAGAGGGAGUUGAGAUGGCAGUUCACUUUCUGAGGAAAGGCUCCAACAAGUUCUACAGUGGUCUGGGACACAACAAGCUCAUCCUCUCCACAGUGGACUGUGUGCAGUCCUGUAUUGUGGGCUGCUACACUACUGAAGAUUACUUCUUGGCUAAAGAUGGAGUGUUUCUUCUGUUGGACUUGCUCUAUUCAAGCCCCAGAUGCGUACACUGCAUAAUCCUCUCCACCCUGGUGGAGUUAUGUGACAACCCGAACACUCUGUCUCACAUCCUGAGCUGGAGGAACGACGGUGGUCAGAUGGCUCCCGGACUCCUGCUGCAGCUGUGGAGGGAGGAGGAGGAGGAGCUGGAAGUCAGACGAAACCGACACGGAGUGAUCGCAGAUCCCCAGAGGCCCAUUCUCAGUCUUCACCAGCAGGACGCCAACCAACUGUCAUUUCCUGCCAACGUACCAAGUGCAGCAGUGCUGGAGUUGUCAGAGAACCUGCGGUCAAAGAUUUACUUCAUCUUCUGCAAACUUGGUUUUCAAGACCUUCCUGGAUUGUCAACACAACAUUAUGUGACCUUGAGCAUCGUCAGGAGAUAUAUGGACUUUAAGGUCGGUGAGGUUUGGGACGAGAUCAGCAAGGAGCUGAGUUUGGACGGCGUGAGGCCGAUCAGCCCUGAUGAGGAGGCUCUGAGCACUAUCUGUAAGGUUGCAGAGGACACAGCGAGGAGAGUCGCAGCCGAACAGAACAGCAUCCUGGAGCUACAGGAGAAGGGCGAAAUUGGCGAGGAGGAGCUCAUGUACACAGAGAUUAAGUCUCACUGGAAGCAACAGGAGCUCACAGCCAAGUCAUGGGACAGUUACGUUUCCAGGACGUCAAACUACGAGAUCCUCAAGGAAGUAAAAGCACAGAGGGAGAAAUUCAUUGAAUCAUCCCAACCCAAACCAAAGCAUGAGGAUGCUGCAGCCCAGCCUAAAGAGCAUUUCAUCGGGCAUGUCAUAUCUAUAGAGACCACAGGUGCUCCAGGACCUGCAGGAGUGAAACUGACGCUGGCCACAACUCCCAUCAAGGCUGCAGGUCAGGAUGAAGUGGGACCGACAGCACAGGACCCAGAAUACUUCAGCACUGUAUCUGUAAAAGACUGAUGUCCACAAAGAUUCUGGUCUAAUGCAACCUCUUUACACCUUUAUUUUAUCUUAUAGAUUUUAAUGUACAACAACACAAAACUUUACAGACCAAACAUUGCAGCACAUUUAUUUGUUUAUCAUUAAUAGUUGUUUAUUUCUAAUAGCCGAUUCAUUCCCAGCAUCUCUGGAUGUUGAAGUGUUUUAUUUGACUUUGGCAGCAAAUGCAGACAUGAGGUCAGUGGAUGUGCACAAUCAGCACCUUGUUGUCUAGUCCACCUCCAGUCCCCCUCAUAUAUACAACAACACACACACACACAGUGUAGUAAACCGACUGGCCUUUGUGGCCUAACAUGUCUUAUUUCAGUACAAAUGUUAAAAUGGAUGUAUAAUAGUAAAUAAACAACAUGCAUGUAUCACAAAUGUUUUUUCAGAUUGAAAGUUUAGUUAAGAUGACAAAAAGUAAUGAAAGAAUUUGAUUUGUAUAUCUUUUGUUUACAAUAUUUACAUUAUUAAACCUAUCAUUUAGAUACGUUUCUAUGCAAUAAUUAUUUAUUCUUUUAUAUAACCAAUGAAGCAACGUGAACAAUGAGACCCUCAACAAUCAGUGUGGCAUCAAGGAAACUGGGGACUUAUGUAACAUCAAAAUAAUAAACACUUAAUUACUUUAAACAUAAAAAAUAACCCGUCUAAUCUAAUUAAAGGUUAAAGCUUCUGUCAAAGGCUACAGCCCGUUGUGUUCAGUAGCUGUGGCACCCAGAAGGUCCAUUUAGGACAGUUGUUAAAAAGUAUUUUCUCUAGAGUCUUUUUGGGUUAUGUAAGUCACUGCAGCGCAUUAACACACAUGUUCCUUCAAGCGUGCAACAUGCUACACAGAGCCACUUCUUCUUCUUCUCUCCGCUCUCAUUCAUUUUACUGGCUGGAUGACCAAAUCAUCCCUGACAGGCCGCUGCUUUUCAUGCAGCUUUGUGAGUGAUGUGACUGUGAGUGUGUGUUGAGCCAGACUGAGCCCGUUGAGCCCAUCAGACUGGGAUGUUCACACUGCACAAAAGAUCAGGGACACACAGGAGCCUCUUCAGUACGACAGGCUGGCCACUGUUUGUUCAGGCUGCUGAGGGGCUUCACA